AGUCCAGCGGGCACCAUGAGGAGAGCCGGAGAACAAGCGGGUCUCCUUUUGUUCUACCUGAUGGUCGUAAUCCAACGAGGGGCGCAGGAUUCCUCCUGCCCAGAAUUUAAGGCCCUGGGCCUGAAUGGCAACGAGACAAUAGCCAUCGUGCGGGGGAGUCCGGGCCUGCCAGGGGCACGAGGGCCACAGGGCCCUCCUGGCAUUCCAGGGGCCAAAGGUGAAAGGGGCUCGCAGGGAAUCCCCGGGAAAGUUGGAGCCCCUGGGCCAAAAGGUAAGAGGGGGGUUUCGGAUUCCGGGAGACCCUAAAAGGGGGGCAAGAAAGGCGACCCAGGAGAAAUGGAUGAGAAGAGGCUGGAGGUGCUCCAGUGCAAGCAAGGUGCCCGAAACUGCAAAGAGCUCUUGAAAAGGGGGAUGGUCCUGAGUGGCUGGUACACCAUCUACCCCCAGGACUGUAAGCCCCUGGAGGUGCUGUGCGACAUGGACACCGACGGAGGCGGGUGGAUUGUCUUCCAAAGGCGGUCGGAUGGCUCGGUGGACUUUUUCCGGGACUGGGCUGCCUACAAGAGAGGAUUUGGAAACCAGCUGACCGAAUUCUGGUUGGGCAACGACAACCUUCACCGCUUGACCUCUCUGGGAAAGAACGAAUUGCGUGUCGACUUGAUGGAUUUCAACCAUACGGAAUCCUUCGCCAAAUAUGCGUCCUUCCAGGUGGCGGCAGAAUCCGACUGGUAUCGGCUAACUCUGGGCGCUUUCAAGGGGGGCCCUGCAGGUGACUCGCUCUCCCACCACAACCACAUGCCUUUCUCCACCCGAGACAAGCGGCAGGACCCCAAGAAGUUCAACUGCGCUGAGAGGUACAAGGGGGCCUGGUGGUACAAGAGCUGCCACAACUCCAACCUCAACGGGAGAUAUUGGCUGGGAGAACACCAGUCUCUUGGGGACGGAAUCAACUGGAACAGUGGCAAAGGCAUAUACUACUCCUACAAGCGCUCCGAAAUGAAAAUCCGGCCUGUGGCUUAGGCGGCUCCUUCAGCUGAUGGGCCUUUCCUUCUGUGGGGUGCCAAAGGGCAUCCAGUCCACCCCCUCUGCUUUCGAUAUGUUACCUUGAUAUUUUACAAAAUUCACAGGGUUCAAUGAUUUUGCAGAAUUGGCGGGGGGGGAGGGGCUUUUCCCAUUUGCUCCCCCUCAGCUCUACUGGAGUAGGGCAGCCAAUGAAUGUUAAAUAAAUAAAUAAACAGAAAUAUGAUCUUCAACCAAGC